AUGGAGCUUAGGGUGGAUGAUUUUCAUCAUCCCUAUUCGCCGUAUGAUAUUCAACUACAGUUUAUGCAGGCUCUGUAUACUUGUCUCGAGGAGGGUAAGGUCGCUGUCUUUGAGUCUCCCACUGGUGAUGAAGACGAGCCAGAGUGGAUGCUAGAAUUUGCUAAACGCGAAUCAAGCCGUGCCAUUACUGAAAAGAGAAAAACUUUCGAGGCACGACUGGCGAGAACAAGACUAUCGGAAGAAAAGCAACGAAUUGCCUCCGAGAAAUCAGAAGAGCCUCGGAAGAAACAAGUGCCAACAGCCAAAACACAGAAGCUUGAUUUGGCCUCCUUCGGGUCAGAUCCACACGAUGAUAACCAAUUUGCCCUUGAUGACUAUGAUAGCGAAAGUGAAGAGCAGAAAUUUUCCACGAAAAAGUCAGAUAAUUUCGAUGGUCUCUCGACCAGUACCUUAGCGCUUUUGGAGCAGUUCAAGGGGCAAAUCUCAACGCAAUCUAAAGAGGACCAAGAUGAUGAAGAUCAAGAGACCAUGAUCUUCUAUUGCUCAAGAACACAUUCCCAGUUAACACAGUUUGCUAGCGAACUACGACGCGUCACGAUACCAUCUAGUCUACCAAAGGAACUUAGCACAGGUACCAAAGAUGGGGACGAAUUUACAGAGCAGAUAAAACAUCUCUCGCUGGGAUCCCGGAAAAACCUGUGUAUAAAUCCUCGAGUAGCUGCUUUGGAAAGCGCGACAGCGAUUAAUGAACGCUGCUUGGAUCUACAACAACCCGGCGUGGCUGCUGAACACAAAUGCCCCUUUUUACCGUCAAAAGAGGAUGAAGGGCUGGCGCUUCAAUUCCGUGAUCAUGCAUUGGCAACAGUCAAAGACAUUGAGGACAUAGGGAAGGUUGGGAAGCAAAUCGGGAUAUGCCCAUACUACGCCUCCCGCUCAGUCAUCAAGCACACUAGGGAGGCUCUCAAUCUUUCCAUCAAGAACCAUGUUGUCAUUAUCGAUGAGGCUCAUAAUCUGAUGGAUGCAAUAUCCAACAUUCACUCGGUCACAAUCACACUUUCUCAGUUGAGAACCUCGAUUUUUCAGCUGACAACCUACGCACGCAAGUUUAAAAAUCGCCUAAAAGGAAAGAACCGAAGCUAUGUUGCCCAGGUGAUAAGGCUCGUCAGUUCAAUUGCAGAUCAUCUUCAAUCGAUCUCUGAGGCCAAACAGACACCGGAAGGCUCCGUACAGCCUUCAGACCUCAUGGCUGGGAAGGGCGUGGACCAGAUCAACCCAUACAAAUUGUCGCGAUACUUGCAUGAAAGCAAAUUGGCAAGGAAAGUUGAUGGAUAUGUUGAAUUUUCCCAAACUGACCCCCAGUCUAAUGAAAAGUCUGCCACGCCAGUUUUAUUUCAUAUACAAGGUUUUCUUCUUCCUCUCAUGAACCCAUCUGCAGAGGGACGAUUGUUUUAUCUGAAAACACAGCGAGAUGUUCAACUGAAAUACAUGCUCCUUGAUCCAACUAACCAUUUCCGGGAAAUCGUUGAAGAUGCCAGGGCAGUCAUAUUGGCUGGAGGAACAAUGUCUCCCAUGAAUGAUUAUAUGAAUCAUUUGUUCUCCUAUGUGCCACCUCAUCGGUUGGAUACGUUCAGCUAUGGCCAUGUUAUUCCAUCACAGAAUCUUACUGCACAUACACUAGUGAAGGGAGUUCAAGGCUCAGAGUUUGAUUUCACCUAUGAUGCACGGGAAUCUGAAAAAAUGAUUAUUGAUCUUGGGCGUACGGUGGCUACACUCUGCCAAAUCAUCCCGGAUGGCGUGGUCGCAUUUUUCCCCAGCUACGAUUACUUGAGUCGCGUGUUAGGCAUAUGGAAGAAGCCUACAGGAGGGGAAAGGGGCCAGACCACCCUUGGUCUGAUCGAACAGAAGAAGCAUCUUUUGUAUGAAACAAGGGAUAUGGCAACCACAACAGAAGAAUUACUUCAAGCGUAUGAGAAGGCCAUCGAAUCAGGCUCAGGAGCCUUGCUCCUUUCUGUCGUUGGCGGAAAGUUGUCGGAAGGCAUCAAUUUUUCCGACAGGUUGGGGAGAGGGGUUUUUAUAAUCGGUCUGCCUUUCCCCAACAUACGGAGCGCGGUCUGGCAAACGAAAAUUCAAUACAUAGAGCAGAAAGCUUAUAAGCAGAGCUCUGGAACCGAGGUAAACCGACAAUCAACUGCAAAAGCAGCAGGAAGAGACUUUUAUGAAAACGCCUGUAUGAGAGCAGUUAACCAAUGCAUCGGACGUGCAAUCAGGCACCGCAGUGACUAUGCAGCGAUUGUCAUGAUUGACCGGAGGUAUGAGAAGCCGCAUAUACGUGGAAAACUCCCUGCUUGGAUUCAGCAGAGCUUGGCCAGUGGUCCUGCUCAACGGUCAGCGGGUGUAACAAACAGCACCGUCGACAAGAUGCCUACCCGUUUCUCGAAGACAAGGAAAGCCCGCGGCCAUGUCUCCGCCGGUUACGGUCGCAUUGGUAAGCACCGUAAGCAUCCCGGUGGACGUGGUAUGGCCGGUGGUCAGCACCACCACCGUACCAACCUCGACAAGUAUCACCCUGGUUACUUCGGUAAGGUCGGAAUGAGAUACUUCCACAAGACCAACCAGCAGUUCUGGAAGCCCACCAUCAACCUCGACAAGCUCUGGUCUCUCAUCCCCGCCGAGAAGCGUGAGGCCUACGUGAGCGGCCAGAAGACCGACACCGCCCCCGUUAUUGACCUCCUCCCCCUCGGCUAUUCCAAGGUUCUGGGCAAAGGCCGUGUCCCCGAGAUCCCCAUCGUCGUCCGCGCCAGAUACUUCAGCCGGGAUGCUGAGCAGAAGAUCAAGGAGGCUGGCGGUGUUGUUGAGUUGGUUGCUUAA